AUGAACCAACCGAAGGCGAACAAUUCCAACAGCGACAAAGAAAUGUUCGCGAUGGCCGAAGAAGAACUCGCCCGGCUCCGCAGACAGCUGCGGAUAAUGGAAGAAGACCGCCUGGGGUUCCUCGAGGAGACGGGCAAGAAGCUGAAGAAGCAGCGGCGCAUCAUCGAAACGCUGCGCAAGGACAAGCAGAAGAUCGACGAGGAGAUCAAGGUGGCGACGUGCAAGAGGCAAAUGGAGAACGACGAGAAGCUCGUCCGCAAGAUGCGCAAGCUGCUCGAAGACUACGCAAAGUACGAUGGAUGCGUGAAAACCGAACGCGAGGAGUUGAGGGAAAUCGAAAUUCAAAUCAAAAAGCUCGAAAUCGCCGUAAAAAAAUUAAGACCGAGCGCCGUGGUGACCGAUGAAGAUUACAACACCCGGCUGAAAAGCGGAAGGAAAAGCGUGAAAACGUUAAAAAACCGCCUGGAAAACUGCGUCAAAAAAUUCUGCUUCUUACUGGCAGAAAACAAGAAGCUCCGAGAGGAAAUCGACCAUCUCCUAAAAGAAAGGACACGCUACAACAUAAUAUGGGAAAAACUGGUCAAGGAAAAGCAAUCCAGGAAAAAAUACAUAGCCGAGUUAAUAGAACAAGCCACAGUGACCUUCGAUCAAAGAGAAGAAUGGUGCUCGAAACUCUCGGCGCUCAAACAAAGAGCCCAGAGCGAUUACUUAGCACACAUCGAGGAAAUGCGGGAGAUACAAAGGAAAUUGGACCACGAUUGCACGCUGAGGGAGUUCCUGUGCGUCAAAGGGCAGAAACGCGUGCUCAAAGAUCUGGAGGAACGGGAUAAAAAGAAGAAGGAAAAUCAAAUUCAAAACAUGGAAAAUCAAAUCGCCAAGCUCGAAACCACCAUGGAUGAAAUACAGAAAUUCUGCGGGGAAGGCGACGUAUCGAAAAUUGCGACGUUGUAUUUGAAGCAGGAGGAGGAAAAUUUCGCUUUGUUCAAUUACGUGAACGAGUUGAACCACGAAAUUGAAAUAUUAGAAGAGGCUCUUAAAGAAGUACAAGAGAAAAUCGACGAGCAAAUAGAGCUGGCUCGGUUGAAGGCGCAAGAGAGGCAGAAAACGUUUGAAAAUCUACGAACAGAAUUAGAUACUGUCAUUAAACAGAGGAGUGAAGACGAGAAAGAAGCUCAAAAAUCCGAAGGAAAAUUAACCGCAGUGCUAAAUGGAAUAGAAGAUAUUUUCGAUUUGCUCAAAUGCGAUAGAGGCCCAAUUUUAGGAUUACUUGGCGAAAAUUCAUCGAUAAACUUGUUCAACGUAAAAAUCUACUUAGGCACGAUCGAAAAGAAAAUAUCCAGCUUAAUUACCCGACUUUAUUUCGCUGAAAAAGCGAUGAUGACCCAAUUUAAAAAAUUCCACCGCGGGCACUUCGUUCCGGCCAUCAACUAA